AUGGGCCUCACAAGCCGACUCCUCCGGCUCCCGCGUCCGAAGACCUUCCUCUACACCAUGUCGCUCAGCACCGGCGCCAGCCUGAUCACGCUCUCCCUCCUCCUCAACAAGGUCAGCGCGCUGUACGGCCUCCUGGCGCUGCUCACGGGCUUCGAGCUCAACACGCUCCAACUCUCCAUGUACAUCUACUCUCUCCUCGCGCUGGGCCUGACCGCCUACCUGGCGCCUCACAUCCGCACCCACAUCGUCAACGCCGCCUACACCGCCGCCUUCGGCGUGACGUGGUUCCUGCCCGAGUCCAUGAACAGCCUCGGCGUCGUCAUCGUCCUCUGGACCAUCCGCCUCUACUUCUGCGUCGUCAUGCUCUCCUAUGCCCGCAUGGUCCUGAGACGCCAUGUCGCGCUCUCCUCCGUCAAGAACAACAGCUACACCGCCGCGUCGAAGGAUGCCGCGAUGGCGGAGAACCCGUUCAGGGAGUCCGGCGGGUGGCAGGGGAGGCUUGGGAGGGUCAUGGUUGCGUUUCCGAGGGCGUAUUGGCUCGGUGGAGAUGGUGGGGUGGGGGAUGAGGAGGGUGUGAUAGGGGCAGGAGAUGUUCGUUGGAUGGAGGGCAUGGGGGGCAAGUUCAGGAAAGGAGGAAAUGGAGCCGGGACCAGCAACGGGAACGGGAACGGGGCGGCUGGGACGGAGGGAAGCAGUGCGGUGGAGUCGAGUGGGCCUUUGGAACGCGAGAGGAGGAGACGCAGCGGCACGGGCCCGCCGCCAGGUUACGAGUCCUGGAUCUGUCGUAGCGUGUCUACGAUGGCCGUCAAGCGUGACAAACGGUUGGGGAGCAAGGGACCGCGAUUGUAUCUUGGGUUUGCGGCACUGGUACGCUAUUCGGAUCAACUGGACGGGCAGGAGUUUCGAUGUUCUCAGCAGACAUGA